UGUUUUUUGUACUAAAUAGCAAAAUGUGAUGGUAUUAGAUUAUUACUUCAAGAGUGAUUGUGAUUUAAGAGGUUUAACCAGAUGCUUUAACUCUGCUGGUGUGCUGAACUUUUAGCUCAAAACUCGGCAGCUACUGGAAUGCGGAUCAUCUACAGUGUGACAACAUGCCCCGGUCUGCCCUGAUCUAUUCCAUACAACAGCGAUGGUUUCAUGUUAGGUAAAUAUAUGUUUCUUGUGAUAGACUCUGUGUUCAUGGAGAUAUGCGGUUCAGUGAUGUUUCAGUGGAGACUUGGGGUCCAGUUGUUCGGACGCUGCAUCAUUGUUCGGAGAGGAUGCAGUAGAGACAGCUGGAUGCGACAGAGGUUCUCACAGACAAGCUGGCGCCAGGCUUUCACACAAUCACAGGAUAUGUAAAGACUUCAAUAACGAUCCAUUAGGCCUAAUGAUUGACAAUCGAUCAGGCGUUAACGCUCAUGCAUAUGUUAAUGCGGUCCUGAGACGGCCUAUAUAUUGGGAGUCCCUUGAGGCGGCCUGGCAGACACUCUUGGAUUGUAAUCGGGUAAGAAACACUCGCAUUGACUUGAUUGUGAAACAGACCGCAAUCAUGGUGAAGAACUUUUCUGCGGACUGGCUCGCCCAAAGCUUUCAUGCUGCCGCUCCCGAUGACGCUCCAGAGCCGGAGAAGAAGCGCCACAGGCCUCACGUGCCCUGUUCGGCUCAACCGAGACCUCCAACAUCCUACGACAAGGUUUACCUGCAGCCUAAACCAAAGGUCGCCAAAGCUGAGCAGAAACCAGAGGCCACCAGCGUGCCGAAAGGAAAAGAAGUGGUUGUUCCGGUUGCGCCAAGACACUGUUCGUCUCCAAGCAUUUCAGAGAACAGUGGAUACUCUUCAGGAUACGAGAGCGAAGCGGCCGCGUCAGAAUGCGCAUCUGUUGAAGAUGGACACGAGCUGGAGAAAGAGGCCGUAAGGCGCCGAAUCCGAACCAAAUUCACUCCAGAGCAGAUCGACAAGCUCGAGAAAAUCUUCAACAAGCACAAAUACUUGGACGCAGGAGAGAGAAUAAAAACAGCGCUUAAGCUGAAUCUAUCCGAAACACAGGUCAGAACCUGGUUCCAGAACCGUCGGAUGAAGUUAAAGCGUGAAGUGCAGGAGAUGCAGGCGGGUUAUUUUCUCCCAGCUCUGCCGCAGAUGGUUGUGCCUCACGUGCACCCGGUGGUCCAGUAUCACUGUUACGACAGACAGCGCUUUCAGUUUCCUGCGCAAGUGAUGCAUCAUCAUCAUCAGAUCCCUGCACAGCAGAGGAUUCCACAUCAUCACGUGAUGAUGCCUCAGCAUUACUACUGACACUCUUUCCAUGAAAACACUUACAUCACAUGCAGUGUGCAAUAUAUGUACAGUUUUACAGUCAAGUGAAAAUGUUUAAUUAUAAAGAAGAGUUUAUUUAUUGUGAGAAAUA